UUUCAUCACCAUUUCUUCAUCUUCCCCUGGUUCCUCUGUUCUUCACUCGCCGGCAUGAGGGUACGAUCCUGGCUACUCCCCUGCUCCACCGCCGCCGCUUCUUCCGCCGAACCCAGUAAUAAUAAACCGCCCGAUUCCUCCUCCUAUUUAAUUUCCGACGCCAGCAGCCUUUCCGACACGUCGGCUAACUCAUCAUCGUCGUCGACUCCUAGUUCCGACACGAGCUGUUCCAGUCUCCAGAGCAAUCUCUCCCUUCAAUCUCUACCAUCCAUUCCAUCUCUUCAGAAACUCCCCACCGCCACCGAUUCCUUCAACGUCACUCUUUCUCAAUUCCCCGUCGCCUCUUUCAAGCUCCCAAUCUCCCAUCUCGCCGUUCACGGUGCUUACCUCUACGUCGCCACCGCUCACGUAAUCAACGUCUACGAUCGAAUCACUUUCUCCCACAUCACAACAUUCAAUGCUCAAGAUUCCUCCUCUGGUUCCGUUAAGGGAAUCGCCUUCCUCCACCGCGAAAUCCUCACUUCUCAUCAAGACGGCAAAAUCCGCGUCUGGAAUUUACCUGAGAAGAAGAACAAUCAAUUCAAAUUAGUCAACACUCUCCCUACAGUCAACGACCGCCUUCGCCGAUUUAUACUCCCGAAGAAUUACGUCAACGUCCGUCGUCACAAAAAAGUCCUCUGGAUUCAACACGCCGACGCUGUCACUGGACUCGCCGUCAACAACGAUUCGAUUUACUCUGUGUCUUGGGAUCGGAGUUUGAAAAUCUGGCGAGGCUCCAACCACCGGUGCAUCGAGUCGGUGAAAGCAGCGCACGAAGACGCCGUAAACGCGGUGGCUGUUUCCGCCAGGGGGACUGUGUACACCGGUUCAGCCGAUCGGAAAAUCCGAGUGUGGGAGAAACCGGAGACGGAGAAACGACAUGUACUUGUAGCGACUUUAGAGAAGCACAAAUCGGCGGUGAAUGCAUUGGCGUUAAACGACGACGGUUCGUUGCUAUUCUCCGGGGCGUGCGACCGGUCGGUUCUGGUUUGGGAAAGAGAAGACAGCGCGAAAUACAUGGCGGUGAUCGGAGCAUUGAGGGGUCACAAAAAUGCGAUUCUGUGUUUGAUCUACGUCUCUGAAUUGUUGUUGAGUGGGUCCGCAGAUCGGACGGUGAGGGUGUGGCGACGUGGAGCAGAUGGGAGUUAUAAUUGUUUGUCAGUACUGGAAGGUCAUAAAAAACCGGUGAAAUCGCUGGUGGUUGUGUCGGAGCCGGAGGAGAUGUUAAACGGUGUCGUAUCUGUGUGUAGUGGGAGCCUUGAUGGAGAGCUUAAAGCUUGGAAAAUUUCUUUUUCGAAUAUUAACAGUCCAUUGCGGAAUUCGAAUAUUACGAAUUGCAGAUAAUGGAUUGGAAUAAUCAAGUUUGCACUUUAGGAACAAAAUUUUGUACAUUUUUUUUUUAAAAAAAAACCUAUUUUAUUGUUUUGAAAAUUUUAAGUGUGAAUUUUUGCAGGUUUGGUAGGUAAUUCAUAAGGCUUUGAUUCGUAAUUUCUACUUUUUCUGGUUAUUAAUGCUUAAAUUCGAAACUUGUAAUUAUUGUUAAUUUACUUUUGCUAAUGGUAGUAUUCUUUUAAUUGUCAA